AUGACGAUAGCUCCACCGCCACGACAGCGACUGUCAUACUGUCGACAAUCCGACAGGCUGGGGGGUGGAAUCUCGGCAAAUAUACAGCACGGAGCUCGAGAAGGGGAGGAAAGACCUCAUCCAGGUAGAGAGCUCCAGACUGCAGGCAAAAAAUGUCAAAAACCACCGGGCCCAAUGAUCACCUGGUGCCUAGCAGAAGAGGACGAUCGAUGGAGCUCCGCCCGCCUCAAUUCAAACAGGCCUUGGUGUCGCGACCUUACCCUGAUAACGGCUGCUAAUAGCCAAGGCCGCCGUACACUGCCACGGCAGAGGCACAAGCACGCCAGUACCUGUACCAGCACGGGGGUUAUCCUUCCGGAUCAACCGGGACCUCUAAACAGAGCUGACAAUAGCCUAACCUUGCCACGAGCCGAGCAACGAGGUAGUAGCGAGUUAAUCCCAAAGAAGCGGUGGACCAGAGCUGGAAGACAGAACAAAGAAAAAGCACUAACAGACAACCUGCCUCUAGCGGCGGCCAGCCGAGCACUGAGCUCUCAGGGUUCACCCCCACCCCUCGACCUCUCUCGCCCCCCACCACCUCCCCACCGCCGCACCGCUCUCUAUUGUCUGCUGGAGAAAUCAUCAUCGCCAGCUCCACUUUUCUCUUUAUGUAAUUACUUUUCGAAAACGUAUUUAGCCCUAAGAGAACACUGCCGUGCGAUGGCUUAA